AUGUCAUCUGAUGAAAUACUUCGUUUGAAUUUCAUAGCUCAAACUAUAGUAAUAUAUGCUGGUUCGUCGAUGUUUAUAUGUGGUAUUCUUGGUAAUAUUGUAAAUAUUUUCCUAUUUACUUUUCAUCGCCAAUUUAAUAGUUUAUCCAUAUCAAGAUUUCUUCUGUUUUCUUUUUUCGGAAGUCAAUUAAAUCUUCUCAGUGCAUUUUUACCUCAAUUAAUUUCUCGAAUAACCGGAAAUGAUCCAUUAGUGAAAUCUGAAAUACUUUGCAAGUUACGAUGGUUUUUUGGGCCGGUAACAGGAACAGUAGCAUUACAUGGAAUUUGUUUAGCAAGUGUCAAUCACUAUUUGUUAUCAUUACGAAAUAUCCGUUAUCAUCGAUGGAUAACACAGCGUCGUUCUUAUUUCAUUUGUUUGUUUGUUUUAUUUUAUUCAGUUUUGUUCAUAAGUCCAAAUUUAAUUUAUUUUACACAUUGGAUUAAUAUAUCUAAUAUAACUACAUGUGAUAUAAUUAAUCCAAUUGCUGCUAGUUAUAAUGUUUAUAUUGGUCUUGUUAUAUAUAGUUUGAUCCCCAUAUUCGUUUUAUCAAUAUUAUCUUCCUUAAUAUGGUUUAAUAUACGAAAGAUUAUCAUUAGAGGGAACGGUAUAGAACAAACCAUAACUGGUUUAUUAGUCGGUCAAGUCGUAAUGGUUUUAUUCACAACAAUUGCUUUUAUUCUCUUCGUUUAG